UAAAACAAGCGCUCAAUAUUGUAUCUGUUUAAUACCAAUCAGAUUAGGAAGGAAUGAAAACCGACCAACCAAUCAGAGAGUGGAUUCUAAUUGAAAGUUCCGAAGCUACUGGAAGGCUGUUUCAGUAAUUCCAUUGGAUCGGCAUCACCGUAGAAAGAGAGGAGCAUGCUGCCGGGAAAUGCCAUCGUUACUGGCCGGAGACGGGUUGCUACGGCAUUCGUCUUCUUCAUGUUCCUCACUGUCAUCGCUGAAUCUAACAAUUCUCAGGUCCGAUGCAGCAAAACUUGCGUUGCGGAGAAUUGUAACUCUGUUGGGAUUAAAUAUGGGAAGUACUGUGGAGUAGGGUGGACCGGGUGUCCCGGAGAGAAACCUUGUGAUGAUUUGGAUGCUUGUUGCAAGAUCCAUGACGAAUGUGUCGAGAAAAAGGGUUUAACCAAUAUUAAAUGCCAUGAGAAGUUCAAGAGGUGCAUAAAAAAAGUACAGAAAUCCGGAAAGAUUGGUUUCUCCAAUACCUGCCCAUAUGACACAGCUGUGCCUACAAUGGUACAAGGUAUGGACAUGGCCAUUUUAUUUAGCCAGUUUGGUAACUCAAAACUUGAACUUUAAUGGGUUAGUUCAAAUGUCUGGAAAAGAGAUGCCCAAUUCUUUUUCCUAUUAAAAUGACUCUAAACAAUAACGUUAUGUAUCAAAUAUACAAACAAAAUGUUGAAAAUUUUUGAAAAGAUUUGUCUCCUUAGAUAUUGUAAUUCUGCAAUUUGAACAUAAAGAGAGAUUUAUUUUUCUUA